AUGGGUUUUUUUGAUGUGCAAUACUUAACAAAGGGAGAGCUAAAAGGAUUUGACAAUUACAAGUACAGCGCCGUUGAUACAAGUCCUCUUGCUGUCUAUAUUUCGCAUCCGUUUUGGAACUGGCUUGUAAAGUUUUAUCCGCUUUGGAUUGCUCCAAACGUACUUACAAUAUGUGGAUGGCUCUUAGUAAUGUUGGGAUUUUUCAUUGUAUCUUAUUUCGACUAUUCUUUUGACGCAAAUUCGGUAUUUAAUUCUCAGAACAUUUUGGACAUUUGGCUUUAUAAAAAAACUCUUGGAAUAUCCCUCUUUUUUGAAGUGCUUAACUCACUUGAUUUGCCAAUUCUAGAUGCGGUUCCGAAUAUAGUUUGGCUAAUAUGUGCUUCUUGUACUUUUUUGGCUCAUACGCUUGAUGGUACAGAUGGUAAGCAAGCCCGCCGAACAGGAGCAUCAGGACCUACUGGGGAACUGUUUGAUCAUGGUCUUGACUCUUGGUCAACAGUACCAUUCACUGUCACCAUUUUUUCUGUCUUUGGUCGCGGGCAAUUCAGUGUAAACCCUGUGCAUUUGUUGUGUAUUUUGAUUAGCGUUCAAGUAGUUUUCAUAACAACUCAUUGGGAAAAGUACAAUACAGGUGUCCUUUUCCUCUCUUGGGGUUAUGACGCUAGUCAGUAUGGACUGGCAUUGUUUUACCUACUGACAUACUUGGUCGGCUACGAAUGGUUUAAAUUUUACGUUUUUGACGGUAUAUCCUUUGCGAAUUGCAUGGAAGCGGGAUUUUACUGUUGCUGUUUGAUGUCCUUACUGAUGUCUUUAUACAAUCUGUAUUAUUCAUACAUGAAAGAAAAAAGUGGAAAACAGCCCAAUGUUUACGAAGCGUGUUUACCUAUGUUUCCUGCUAUCACUCUUUUUGCUUCCUCUUUACUCUGGGCGAUUUACUCGCCAAGUUCAGUUAUUGAAAGAGAUCCUCGUUUAUUUCUCUGGACAGUGGGAACGGUUUUUUCUAAUAUUGCUUGCAGUUUAAUUAUCGCGCAGAUGUCCUAUACUCGGGUAAAGCCGGUGAAUAAUUUGCUCGUUUUGUAUUGUUUUGCCGUCUCUGUAUCAAUAUUUGGCUUUUUAAGUGCUGACGCAGAGAUGUAUCUGUUGCGGUUUGUAGCGAUUGCUGUCACCUUAGCGCAUUUGCACUAUGGAAUUUGUUUGGUCAGUUGUUGCUUUUUUGUAAACAGUAGUGGAAACUCUGUAGUAGUACGACAACUAUGUUUUCAUUUUGACAUCGAAGCGUUUUCACUAAGUUACUUGGAAAGUCGGAAACGUCGAGAGAAAUUGGAUGAAGUGUUUGAUCUUCAAGAAGGCGACAGAGUAAGCGGUUCUGUUACCGAGUGUCUAAUUGUUGGUUAA